AUGGUUCAGUUUUGCCCGAUCUGUGGUAGAUCAUAUGCACAGCUGAGUCAGCAUCUACGUGUUUACCACAAAGUGGUCAACGUGAAGGAGAGAAAGCUUCUACUGGCCCUGGAAUCAGGCAGGGUGAAGUACAGAGAGGGCAAGUGCUCCGUGCCUGGAUGUGACAAGGUCACCACCCGGCUGGACUGGCACAUCCAGACACACUCGGAACUUUCUAAGAGGGCGAGGAAGGAUGCGAUCAAGAGGUGCAAAAAAGAUGUUAUUUUGAAACAGCUGUCCGAGCUCCGAGCCUCCGACCCUGCAGUCCCCAUGGCCUCGAGGCUCGACCUCGUUGAGCUUGAGGACGAGCCGGUUCCUCUGGAUCCGGAGGAAGAGGAAGAGGAGGCGCAGUGCCCAAAACAACUCUGCCGGCGUGCCAGGGAGGAGGUGGCUAACCUAAACCAGCAGGUCGACACUCUUACAACAGCCUUGCGCGACGUAACUCGCAGGUACAGGUCGUUGAAACGAAAGUUUAGGCCCUCCUCCUCUGCCCAGCUGACCAGCGUAACCAAGAAGUUGCUGUCCGCCCUGGAUGAGCCACAGGAAGGGCAAGACACGCCGCAGGAUACCCCUCAGCAGACCCCUCAGGAGACCACUCUUAGAUAUCCCUCCCCCGAGCCGAGCACCUCUCAGGAGGCAUCGGAGCACUUGCCCCAGUACCCCGAGCACGUGGCGGCCCUGAACGAGCUGCUAGAGGAGUACAAGAGACACCAAGAGGGGUCCGACCCGUCCGCGAAGCUCCUUAACAAUGUCGCCUCGAAGAUCUACAGGAUCAAAAACUUCAUUGGCUACAUGGCGGACGGGAAGACCAACCUCUCCAGCUUCCUCUUCCUGGAGGACACGCAGCGAGUAAGGUCCUGGGUGAACUUUCUGAGGCGGGCCAAGAUUACCGAGACCACCAUCCAACACUAUGUCAAAAAUGCGGCACAGUUCGUAGACUACUUGAGCCAAACACCUUAG